AUGGGGAAGACUCUAGGCCUCGUCAGGGCCUACUAUACAGUCGCCCUAGCUUGUACUGGAUCGUUCCUAUUUGCUUAUGACACUGGAAUUAUUGGGGGUGUCCUCACCCUUAAAUCGUUUCAGAACUCGUUCAGAUACACCGAGAAGCAAAAGUCGACGAUUAAUUCCAAUUCCAACAGUCUUUUGCAGGCCGGUGCCUUUUUCGCCUGUUUCUUCGUCUGGCCAUUCACCGCCAAAUAUGGCCGUCGAUGGUCUAUCGCCCUCGCCUCUCUCAUAUUUUGUAUUGGAGCCAUUAUUCAAGUUAUUCCCACACACUCUGUCGCUGCGUUUUAUGUCGCACGAGUAGUUAGUGGCAUUGGUGUCGGAAUGGCGACCGUCAUUGUUCCCAUGUACACCUCUGAGAUGGCUCCUAAGUCCAUCCGAGGAAGGCUAGGAAGUUUCUUCCAGGGUUUCUUCGUCCUGGGAGUGUUCUUCUCAUAUUGGAUUGACUAUGCAGUGGAGAAACAUAUCCCUGAGACCAGUGACAGCCAGUGGCAGAUCCCUAUCGGAUUGCAGUUAGUGCCAGGUGGGAUUCUGGGACUUGGGAUGCUAUUUUUGAAAGAAAGUGUGCGUUGGCUGGCCAAGAAGGGACGACACGAUGAAGCUAUGAAAUCACUGGUGUGGAUUCGAGGAGGGGAGGAGACUGAAGAAGUCCAGGCAGAAAUGGCCGAAAUUCUAGACGGUAUAGAAGCUGAAAACCUGGCGACGGAAGGUGUGACAUGGAAAGAGAUACUGCGAGUACCGGGGAACCUACAUCGAAUGUGUAUUGCAGUCACCAUUCAAAUCGGAGUUCAGAUCACGGGAAAUACUUCCCUGGCAUAUUAUGCUCCUCAAAUAUUCAAGGCGGUCGGAGCCGGUGACAACAGUUUAUUUGUGAGCGGUUUCUUCGGAGUUGCAAAAGUAAUUUCCUGUUGGUUCUUCCUUUUGUUUCUCGUCGAGCGCAUUGGUCGACGGUGGUCGCUUAUCAUCGGCGCCUUCCUCAUGGGCUCACUGAUGUUGAUCGUGGGGAUCCUGGCGAAGUUAUUUCCCCCCGACCCAGACGCCACCAGCAUUAGCUCUGCUGGCAUUGCAUCUAUUCUGAUGGUAUACUUCGAGGCCAUGUGCUAUAACAUGUCCUGGGGGCCGGUUCCUUGGCUAUAUAUGAGCGAGAUCUUCCCUACUAGGAUCCGUGAGGUCGGUAUUGCGGUCGGUACUGCAACUCAAUGGUUGUUCAAUUUUGUGUUUUCACAAGCAACACCUCAUGCCCUCGAUAGUAUGGGUUGGGGCAUGUUUUUGAUGUUUUGCAUUUUCAAUUGGAUCCUUGUGGUGUAUGCCUGGUUGUUCAUCAAAGAAACAACAGGCAAGUCCUUGGAGGAAAUGGAAGAAGUAUUCAACUCGAAAGUUGGAUUAUAUCAUAAAGAAAGGCCACUAGAUGAACAGGCUCAGUAUAAGCAGUAA